AUUUCUGUGCGCCGGAUGUUCUCCUGCAACGUGUUGAAGGGAGUUCACGUGUGGAAACCUGAAAGUCUGAAGUCAAAAAGCAUCGGUUUGCUGGCUUUAGCUCAUAAUCAUGGGUCGGAAGCUGGAUCCCACCAACAAGGUGAAGAGGGGGCCGGGUAAGAAAGCCAGAAAGCAGAAGGGAGCAGAAGUUGAAUUGGCCAACUUUAUAACAGAAGAAGAUACAGGACCAAAACGUUUGUCAAGUAGAGGCAGAAAAAGAGCUGCUAAGAGAGUUCAGAACCCGAAAAAGCCGGGGGAUGUUUCUGAGACGCAACCAAAAAAAGGAUUCAGUGAUGAGAACAGUAAAUGGUUGAAACCUACAAAGAGAAAGCGUAAAAUUGAUGAAACUGGAAGUGGGGAUGACAGUGAGGACCAGUGGGAAGAUGAGGUGGAUGAGAAAGAGGAAGAGCAGGUGCAUCUGCAAAAGAAGGGAGGAAAAGAACAAGAACUGGGAUUGAAAAACCUGGAAGAAGCUGAUGAUGAUGAGGAAGAUGAUGAUGAAGAAAUGGUUGACGACUAUGGUGCUGAUGAUGUCAGUGGAGAUGAAGAUAAGGAGGAGGAUGACAGUGAUGGAGAUGAUCUUCUUCCCAUUGAACGUGCUGCCAAAAAACAGAAAGGAAUGAAGGAAUCAAUGGCUCUAAGCAGCGAUGAAGAUGAGGAGGAAGAUGAUGAUGAUGAUAAGAAUGAGCAGAAAUCAGAUUCUGACAUGGAUGAGGAGGACACCAUUCAAACUAACAUAGAUGAUGUGGAUAACUUCAGAUUGCCCUCUGCUGAAGAGAGCGAGAAGGAGGGUGUCCUGUCUCUGGACCUGAAGACAGUCCAUCAGAGAAUAAAGGACAACAUUGAUGUCCUCUGUAAUUUCUCAGCAAAACGUGAGGAGGGGAAAUCCAGGGUGGAGUACCUCUCUCUUCUGAAGAAAGACCUCUGUACUUAUUACAGCUACAAUGAAUUCCUCAUUGAGAAAUUAAUGGACCUCUUCCCUCUCUCGGAGCUUGUUGACUUCCUUGAAGCCAAUGAAAUUCAGAGACCGGUCACAAUUCGAACCAACACGCUGAAAACAAGGAGGCGGGACCUUGCACAGGCUUUGAUCAACAGAGGAGUAAACUUGGACCCACUGGGGAAAUGGUCUAAAGUGGGUUUAGUCAUCUACGACUCCUCAGUACCUAUCGGUGCAACGCCAGAGUACCUCGCUGGUCAUUACAUGCUGCAGGGAGCCUCCAGCUUUCUUCCUGUUAUGGCGCUCUCUCCACAGGAGGGGGAGCUGGUGUUGGACAUGAGCUCAGCUCCUGGAGGAAAAACCUCCUACAUUGCUCAGCUGAUGAGAAACACAGGAGUGAUUGUAGCUAAUGACGCCAGCGCUGACAGACUGAAGAGCGUGGUGGGAAACAUUCACCGUCUGGGAGUCACCAACACUGUGGUCAGCAACUACGACGGCAGACAGUUCCCAAAGGUAAUGGGAGGGUUUGACAGAGUGCUGCUUGAUGCACCGUGCUCAGGCACAGGAGUCAUUGCAAAAGAUCCAGCUGUAAAGACCAGUAAGGACGAGGCAGAUAUCCUGCGCUCUGCUCAUCUGCAGAAAGAAUUGAUUUUAUCAGCUAUCGACUCUGUAAAUGCUGCAUCUCCUUCUGGAGGAUACCUGGUCUACUGCACAUGCUCGAUAACUGUGGAGGAGAAUGAGUGGGUGGUGGACUAUGCUUUGAAGAAAAGGAACGUCAAAUUAGUCCCUUCAGGUCUUGAUUUUGGGAAGGAAGGCUUCACCAGUUUCAAGAAAUUUAGGUUCCAUCCCUCCCUGCGACUCACCCGGCGUUUUUACCCACAUUCCCACAACAUGGAUGGAUUUUUUGUGGCCAAAUUUAAGAAGUUCUCCAAUGUAAUCCCAUCUGCUUCAGUUGGCAAAGAAGACGAGACAACAGACGUUUCUGAGCCGACAGAAGCUACAGACUCCUUGAAAGAGAAACCAUCUAAAAGCAAAACGGCUAAGGAUGUGGCCCCAGCAAAGACAGAUGCCCUAAAGCAAAAUGCCAAAACUAAUGGAGCAGCAGCUAAGAAAUUGGCAACAAUCAAGGCUAAAGGACAACGGGACUCUCAGACUGGACCAAAGAAAGCAAAGAUUGCCAAAAUAGAUGGACAGAUUAUGAAGGGAACCCAGGUGAAGAGCCCUGCAAUGAAAUCCCCUGACCAGAAAAAUCGAUCAAAAACUGUCAAAAAACAUGGAAGAAGAUUUGAGAAAAAGCAAACCAAAAAGGGGAAAUCACCCUUGAAGAACAGAAUGGGAAAGAAUAAAUUCAAGAAGAUGAAGCACAAGUUGCAAAAAAACAAAUAAAAGUUGAUAUGUGAACAGUGAAAUAUUUGACAUUACAAAGAAACUUUGUAGAGCCUUGUUAAAGAGCCGACUCCACUUCUCUACGUUUAAAUAAUUGUUUGGGUCGUGCUCUGUUUCAGAGCAGAAUGUGUUAAAUAUGACUUGGAUAAAUGCUGAUGGAUUUGAUUCACUGUUUUUUCUUUUUAUUGGUUCAUAAUAUUUGUAGGUUUGUUGCAGGUGAUGUAACCUUCAUAUCUGAUGAAAUAAAUAUCUUAAGACUU